AUGGGUCUCUUAUCUCUCGGAACACCACUCCAUUGGAACGAAGCUAAAGGCUAUGCUGACCAUGUUCGCAAGCAUGGUAUCGAACAGUUUCUUCACAUUUACAACUAUCAAAAGGACAGGCAAACGCAAUGCUUGCUCUGGGGUGAUGAGAUUGAAUACAUUGUCGUAAAGUUCAAUGACGAGGAAAAGACCACCAAAUUGUCCCUUCGCGCCUUUGAUAUCCUUGAAAAGCUGGAGAAGCCUGAGCAUGACUGGUUGGCAGGCAUUGAAAAGGAGCCACCAGCUGCGUUAUGGAGACCAGAGUACGGUCGUUAUAUGAUUGAGGGCACACCUGGUUUACCUUAUGGAGCCACCUUCCGUGAUUUAGUGGGGGUAGAGGACAACAUGAAGUUGAGACGAAAGAUGGCACAUGCAGCUAUGGAUCCAGACGAGCAGGCAGUAUCUUUGGUCAACUACCCUCGCUUGGGCUGUCCCAAUCAACUGUACCCUGAUCACGAGCCUAAUGGCCCUGCCUGUCAAAGUAUGUUUGUGCCUGACCAGAUUAUUAAUCCUCAUGCAAGAUUCCCCACAUUGACUGCAAACAUCCGUCGUCGCAGAGGAUCCAAAGUCCAGAUCAACAUGCCCAUUUUCCACGAUGUCAAUACACCCAAGCCUUUCAUUGAUCCCACUAUCCCAUGGGAUCGUGAUUUAUUCAAGCACGACAAAGAAGCCAAAGAGGGUGCUGCGUUGCCUGACCACAUCUACAUGGAUGCCAUGGCUUUUGGCAUGGGCUGCUGCUGCUUGCAAAUCACUUUCCAAGCAUGCAACAUUGAUGAAGGCAGAAGACUAUACGAUCAGUUGGCUCCUGUUGCACCACUGAUGAUGGCCUUGUCUGCCAAUUCACCCAUCUAUCGUGGUUAUUUGGCUGAUGUCGACGCUAGAUGGAAUGUCAUUUCUGCCAGUGUUGAUGACAGAACACCCGAGGAAAGAGGACUCAAGCCCUUGAAGGACAGUAAAUACGUGAUUAAUAAGUCCCGUUACGACUCUAUCGAUUCCUACCUCUCCAAUGACCCCACCUACAAGUCCAAAUACGACGAUAUUGAUCUAGUGUACGACAAGGAUAUCUACCAGAAGCUGAGAGAUAGUGAUGUGGAUGAGAAGCUCGCUAGGCAUGUUGCUCACUUGUUCAUCCGCGACCCUCUGGUCAUUUUCAAGGAAUUGCUGAAUUUAGAUGACUCGCAAUCCUCAGAUCACUUUGAGAACCUUCAAUCCACAAACUGGCAAACCAUGCGUUUCAAGCCACCACCACCCAACUCCUCCAUCGGAUGGCGUGUUGAAUUCAGAAGCAUGGAGGUGCAGAUCUCUGAUUUCGAGAAUGCAGCGUAUUCUGUCUUUAUCGUGCUACUCACUCGAGUGAUCCUCAGCUUUGGCCUCAAUUUCUAUAUUCCCAUUUCCAAGGUGGACGCCAACAUGCAAACUGCUCAUAAGCGUGAUGCUGUAUUGAACGACAAGUUCUACUUCCGUAAGAACGUAUUCACCUCUCGUACACCUACCGGUAACGCACAACCCAACUCAGAGAGCGUCGAGGAUGAGGAUGCCUAUGAAUUGAUGACAUUGAAUGAGAUUGUCAAUGGCAAGGAGAAUGGAUUCCCUGGUUUUGUACCCUUAAUCCACAGCUAUUUGAAUAGCACCAACAUUGAUAUCGAAACGCGCUGCAAGUUAUCCUCCUAUCUGAGUCUGAUCAGCAAGAGAGCCAGCGGAGAGCUCAUGACAGGCGCUGCUUAUUUGCGUCAAUUUGUACAAAACCAUCCUGCUUACAAGAAGGACUCUGUCGUGUCGGAUGAGAUUACGUAUGAUCUUGUCAAGAGAGCCGAUCAGAUUGCCAAGGGCGAAUAUCAUCCCAAAGAGCUGCUGGGAAACUUUACUGCAUAG